AUUCGAUACAUUCGAAUCAAAUAGAACUAGAUCAAGAAGAGCAAGCCUAUCAAGGAUGAAAAAAGGACCCGUGCCACACACUCAAAACUUAGGUCCAAUCGAUAUCCCCCAUCCACCCAACCCACAGGGGAUCAUCUACGUGGAGACAUCUACCAAUAUGUUAUCAUCUGGUACUUCCAAUCAAUCUGGACGUGUAGAGGGUGAGAGGAUUGAUAUAGCUGGGGUUUUGAGAAGGAAUCAGGCUUGUUUAAAUUGUAGACGAAGAAAAUUGAAAUGCGACGCGGCUAGACCCAAUUGUUCGACAUGCGUAAGAUCAUAUAAACAUUUACUACGUACAAACCCAAAAACGAACCCUGUCUUAUGUUGCGAAUAUGACGAUGGACCCAGUGCCGCUCCAGCUUCAACCGGUUCGGUCGAACGUGUGGGAAGUACCAGUCAUUCGCCUGAGACGGAAGAUGAAGAUGAUGGGAAUAUUGAAGGUAGGAAGAGGAAGAAGAGGCCGGUUAUGAGGGGAAGAGAGAGUAGGGAAAGGGAUGUUAGUAAAGAUGGGACGGAGUUGGAGAGGGAGGCUUUGAUGUUGCGGAUAGCCGAACUCGAAGCACAAGUCAAAGCAAAAGAACAUUCACCCAACGAUAGUUCUCGUGCGUGGGGCGCCUCGUCAAUGCCCGACCUGGCGGCACCUUCCCCAACUGCCUUUCUUGAAAUGCUAUCGUCCGCCGCUAGUGCUCAAGUACAUCAAGCCAUGGGUCCUGCUGGUCUACGACAUGGUGCAGCUAACGACACAAUGAUGGGAGCCGCUCAUACUUGGGGCGAUACUCCUGUCGACAGUACCGGCUUGAAAGAGCAUUCUGGAUUUACACCUCUUUUUCCUUCAGACUCUCCGAGACUUCCAUCACAUCGUGAUUCUACACAUGGAGCUUCUGGCGCAAUGUCACCUCCAUCUACGUCUCGACAGGGGACCCGAAAUUCUCCCAGCGGUGCGGACUUGUCGCCUAAUGCUAUAUUCACUUUCUCACCAGUCCCAUCUGGUCCUGUUGCGUCUGGCUCGUCCGGACAACCCGCUCAUAAUACGAACGAACCACACUCUGGUGAAAAUUUGAAUUGGCCACCUCCACCCGAUGCGAACGGCAAUAUUCAACCUUCCACUCGUGUAGAAGGUCCGUGGCGGGGUGUCGAGACUGUCGAAACGAUCUUUGCGGCAAGUAUGAAAGCCACUUUUGUUGAAGGACAAAGUGGAAUGGGCAUAAAUACGAAUGUGGAUGAUCUCCCACCUUUAGAUGAGGCCGUGCAACAACAACUCCUUUUGGAACUCUUCUGGCCAGGUUGGCCACCUAAUCUGCCUGAACCAAAUAUUGUCAAUGAUCUGGUGGAAGCCUUUUUCGAAUUAGCACCUAACGUUUCUCGUUUACUACAUCGAUCGAGGUUCUUAGCUCGACUAGCUCUCCCACCGACACACAGUAAUUUUCCUCAUGCUGCACUCAUACAUGCGAUAUGUGCCGCAUCAGCCGCGUGGUGCACCCCGAGCGUAUAUGAGAGAAGCAGCUAUGUUCAGGAUAGUACGUGGAUGGCCGGAACUGAAAAGGGAGGUGGGAGAGCUGGUAUGAGCUUUCAAAUGCGACAAGCUGCAUUUGCCAAAGAGGCCGUACAAGAUGGUUUGAACACAGGUAACAGAUUGUUUGAUGUGGUGCGGGCUAUGAUCAUACUCAGCAGAGUCUUCAUCGACGACACUCGUAUGUUAGAGUGUUGGGCGUACUGUGGUCUUGUGGCACGUAUGAUCCUUCCUCUUGGUCUGAACGUCCGUUCAGCCGAAUUAUCCCUAAAAUCAGUCAUGCUCCCUCCACCUGGCGAUGCAUUAGAAAGAGAAGAACGUCGAGCGGCCAUUUGGAUGGCAUUUUAUCACGAUACUAUAGCUUCUUCCGCUUCUGGAUGGGGGACUUCUAUCUCUCUCGACGAACUAUCAGUCCCAUUACCCGUCUCUGUGAUAGAUUUCGAAGCUGGUCAAGAAUACAUGGAGCCGAAUCCUCAAGAUAUAGAAAGUCUCGAUAUAUGGACUAAACAUCCUGUCCCAGAUCCAUUUGUUCUGACCCUUAAAGCUGCUGUCAUCCUGAACCGAGUCAAUCGUUUUGUGCGCAAGUGGAAGAACAGAAGAAUCAGAGAUGAUGACGAUUUGGAUGGGUUACAGAAACCUGAAUUUAGGGAAUUGGCAAAUGCUAUUGCAUGUUUCCAAAUGAGUUUUCCUCAGGCUUUGAGGAACCCUUGCAAGUUGAAUCACAAGAAGAAACUUGAUAUUGAUUUGAUUUCCGCACACAUGCUUCCUCACGCAGCAUCUAUCUGUCUACACGAACCUUUUGCCGAUAUCACCGACCCCAAUGACGCUUCUACUCGCCGAAUGAUCGCUGCAACUCAAGCACUGGUACAGAUCGUUCAACAAUUGGCGGGCGUGACCAACGACGGUUCACAGAGUUUGGCGAGUAUCAUGCAUUCGUCAGCCAGCGUGUGUUUGGUCACAGCGGCAAGAACGAGCUUGUUGUUUUAUAGAUAUGCCUUGAACAUUGGUGAUGCGCAAACUGCGGAUAGUCAUAGGAUGGAUAUCGAAAUGGUUCGAAUGGCUUUGCAACAAUUUGGCCUCAAAUUCAAAAUCGGUCAUCAUCAUUCUCAACUUAUCGAGUAUUUCUUGGACAGGGCGACUCAUCCGACUUUGGAAAAGUUGUCUGCUCAUUAUCCCGAGCAUCCUCGACCAGGAGCACCUGAACUACAUCGUGACGCAAACCUCGGCGUAUGCAUACUCAACGCUCUCAAUGUUAAACGUGGCUAUUGGCGUCUCCCUAGUGGUAACACCGGUACAUCACCCUUCAUUUCCACUCCCGACUCUCUCAAUCCCACGCAUCGUACUUCCGCAUCAGAAAAUGAUUCUCCCAACGCCCCUCCCCCAGGUCUUUCAACGACCAGUAGUUCCGGCCAAGGCAGUGGUAGCGGUAGCGGUAGUCGAAGUGCUUCGAUAGCUUCGAACAACAUAUCUUGCGCACCUUAUUUCGCCGCUGUUUCUGGGACUACGGUGGUUGAAGAAUUAUUGGCAUCAGGCAAAUCGAAUCAAGCGGCAAAUGAACCGAAAGACCCUUCUCCCACCACGUCAAACCGGUCAAAUACGGGUACGAAAACAAAAGCUUCAUACAUUACACAUCCACAGCUUGAGGUGAUCUUCGAUGCAAUGAAGGGGAAGUAA